AUGGCUGCUUUCAAAGAUGGAUCUGUUAUGAUAUUUGAUAAAGACAAAGAAGAUGAAGCAUUUCAUCCAGGCGAUGAAAAACUAGAAAAGAAUGUGCAAGUCUUUUCAUUAUCUAAACCUUCUACGAAACUUUCCCUUAAAUGCAACCCUGUUUCUCAUUGGAAACUAUCCAAUAAGUCAUUGACAGCAUUUGCAUUUUCACCCGACUGUCAACAUGUUGCUAUUGUUGGUUUAGAUGGUUUGCUUCGCAUUAUUAAUUUUGUACACGAAACUCUAUAUGAUGUAUUUGAAUCUUAUUAUGGUGGUUUAAACUGUGUAGCAUGGAGUCCAGACGGUAGAUACAUUAUCACAGGUGGUCAAGAUGAUUUAGUCACUAUUUGGGCUUACAAAGAACAACGUAUUAUUGCUAGAUGCCAAGGACAUAAAUCAUGGGUCACCGGAGUUGCAUUUGAUGCUUGGCGAUGUGAUGAAAGAGUAUAUCGGUUUGCCAGUGUUGGAGAGGACGCUCGAUUGAUUUUAUGGGAUUUUUCAGUCAGUGCACUACAUAAACCUAAAGCAAUGAAAACAAACAAUAGAAAUAGAGGUGCCUCUUUAUCUUCAGUCAAUUCACAGCCUCAGGACAAAAGAAUGGCUAUUCAUCCUGUUCAAGCCAAACAUGAAGUUGCUUUUUUACAGCCAACCAUGGUCAAGACAAUUCAUGGAGAUCCUUGCGUAGGCAUUUAUUUUAGAGAAAAUAUCAUGGUCACUACAGAUAAACGAGGCCGUGUCAAUACAUGGCAAAAACCAUAA